GCUUACCCCAGCCUUCCCGUUCACACGCAUCCCAUUUCUCUUUCAGCAAUACAAAAUUCCCAAACUGCCCGUGCUCUCCGCCAUGGCGGACAAUAACAGACAAGGAAGAAACAGCUCCGGCAACAGGAGCCAGCCAAGCCGGUUACAACGGCGAGCUCCGGCGUCAAUUCAGAUUAAUAGAGUGACCGACUGGAACGUGGCUAUACCUCUAUUGUCGCCGUUGAUUACGUCACCGACGUCGCCCGGGUCAACCAAUCUAACGGCUGAGAUUAAAUCGAGAUCGGGUGGUGGCGUAGAGGAGUCGGAGAAGAAGGAAAAGCUGCAGCCCGGCGUUAGUGCAGCGACGUCGUUCAAGAAAUGGCAGCAUCCGGCAGCUCCGUUUUGUUAUGAGCCAGCUCCGUUAGUGCCGUUUGUUUGUACCGCGGGAUUUGGCGUAGAUAGAUAGCAGAAAUACACAUAGUAGAUGGAGUUUAGCCUUUUCUUUGUUCAUAAAUAUUUAACGGAGUUAAGAGUUACUACUUUCUAUAGUGGGGAUAAAUGCAGGGGUGAUUUUGCAACCAUACUUUUUGUGGUGUUAACUGGACAUAAUAGUUUAUACAUCGUCUCUGAUUUUUGUUGCCCCUUCUAAAAUUGUGAUUAGUUUUGGUUAUUAUUGAAGUUUCAGAAGAUUGUUGUUUUUUU